AUGAACGACGCGACGACUUCCCUGCUCACCGAGCAUUUCAGCUACACCCCCUUGUCCCUUAUAGACGACAUUAUCAACUCUAUCAACAACCUGAUCUACCAGGCGAUCUCCAGCCUCGAAUCUGGUCUCAUUGACACUCCCCCAGAGCGACUGGGGUUUGCCCACGACAGUAACGGAACUGUCAUUCAUGAGGCUGAUGAGGAUGGAAACAUUAUCUAUCCAGAGGCGAAACUUGAGAUCGAGAAUGGAUUGCACCAGUUGGAGACACUUCUUGAAGCCAAUGUCGACAAGGCAUUCGAUAAGCUCGAGAUCUACGUGCUGAGGAACAUCUUCACCGUUCCCGAGGAUCUGCUCUCGUGGGUGAAGCUCAAACAUUACGAGAAACUCCUCGAAACCAAGAAACUCAACCGGGCCUUGCAGGACGAAUGUGCGCGAAAUGAUGCUGUUAUUUCCCAGCUGAAAUCAAUCAUUUCCACCGUCGAUACCUCGAAGACUGAUACCGAUAAGAAUGAAACAAUCAAGGAAUCUGACCAGCUUGAUCUUUCUUUCCUGACAGCUAGCCCGGCAGCACGACAGCUUCGUGUGGGCGUUGAUGCUGGAUCGAGGGUGAAACAUGCCCCACUUACAACAAACACCGCUUUCAUUUUGUCCCAACUCCCUGCUUUGCAGUCGACACUCACCCAGCUUCGACCGAAACUGGCUGCCUUGCCGGGUUCUCUCAAGCCAAUGGAGACCAAGACGAAGCGCGACGAGCGGAAGGAAUAUAUCGAAAGCCGAAUCAGACUACAUCUUGAACGAGCUGGGCAGCUAGCUAUCAGUGAUGAUGGAGCUGUUGUCGCAGGUCGCCGAAUUGAUAUCUCCGAAGCCCAUGCCCUCGAAAAUGUUGCGAGUAUGCUGGCACGGGACAACAAAUCUGCAUAG